AUGAAGCUCGCUACCAUCAUCAGCGCUGUUGCAUUCGCUAUACCACAGCUUACGUUCGCGCAAUUGUCGAACUUCGAUGAUUGGGAACAUGAGCGCAUUCAGCUUGACGACGUCUCGAUCCACUUCCGCUACCACGGCGAAGGACCGCCCGUCCUGCUCGUGCACGGCUUCCCCCAGCACUCGUUGACAUGGCAUACCAUUGGGCCCAUCCUAGCGCAGAAUUCCGCGGGUGCAGAUCUCAAAGCCAUUCUAGAUUACCUCAACAUCUCAUCCACAUACGUCUUCGCGCACGACAAAGGUGUUGGACUAGCGACAUCUCUCGCUAUCGAAUAUCCGUCGCUUGUGAAAGCUAUUAUCCUCGCUGAAUACGUUCUCCCCGGCUACGGCUACCCUUUGACCGUUCAGAGUCCCAGCUUGUACCAGAACUGGCAGCUCGCGUUCUUUGCCGUGCCCGAUGCAGCCGAAUUCUUCAUUCGAGAUCGCGAGAAACAGAUGUUGAGCUGGUAA